AUGGAGACCGCACUGAGAACCUUACAGGGUAACUGCCACUGUGGCGUGAACCAAUACGAGGUUCAAUUGCCAGAGCAUCCGUCCUUGGUGAUUUGCGACUGCUCGCUGUGUGUAAAAAAGGGACAUGUCUGGAUCUAUGAUGCCGGUGAUAGCUUGAAAAUCACAAAGGGGUGCUCUAGCGAAACAUUGACAACUUAUACCGGAUCGGAUAGCGAGGCUUUGAGGCAUGAGUUCUGCAAUGUCUGCGGCACUGCUCUCUUCGGAACACACACUUCCGGCGUUCAAGCUGGGAAGAAAGGCAUCAACUUUCGGGUGCUUGUCUCUGAUUUCCAACAUGUGUUCAUUAAGGGGAGAAACAUCGUAACCACCGGUGCCCCGGAUGCAUAUAUGCCGUAUCCAGGCUCUCUGAGCCUUGUUGAGAAGGCAUCUACAUCUGCGCCGGCUGAGUUCUGCGGUUCGCUGCCCGACGUUCCUGGAGAUGACCUCACGCUCUACACCGGAGGCUGCGACUGCGGUGCCGUUCAAAUCGCGCUCAAGAGCAAGCCUCUGUCCGAAGUUCAGAUCAAGGAAGAUAAUUGUAGUAUAUGUGUUCGCAAUGGCUUCAUCGGUGUGUAUCCUCAUCAGUCUGAGGUAAGUAUCGUCGGUAAAGACCAGGCUCUGGACUAUCAGUUUGGCCGCAAAUUCAAUGGCUCGCCUUUUUGCCGUACCUGUGGCGUGCACUGCUUUGGCAACCUGUAUGGGCCCCCUAAGGAGUUGGUUGCCAAGCUUCCUGAGGCAAGGCAGGAGUUUGUGCGAAAGCAGCUCGAGAUUCAGCCGUUGAAUGUUCGCGUUCUUGAAGGCCUCGAGUGGGAUAGUGUUAAUAUAGAGUGGAGCAAUGACGGGACGGAGGGCUAUGUUGUGUCGGAAUGA